AUGUUGGUGGACAAUGGAAGCGCCGUGAAUAUCCUAUUGCAGCAAGCCUUCAAAAGAAUGCAAUUGGACGAGGCAGACCUGAAGCCUACCUCUUUCCCCUUCUACGAUUUUACUAGGGAUCAUCUAAUUCCUAAGGGAACGAUUGCACUUCCUAUCACGUUGGGUGAAACCAAUGAAAUGACCAAGAUGAGGGAGUUCUUGGUGGUAGACUAUCCAUCCGCCUUCAAUGGCAUCCUAGGACGACCUCUGCUAUGGAAUUUCAAGGCUGUCACCUCUAUCUACCAUCUGAAGAUGAAGUUCUCCACCUCAUCGGGGAUCGAGGAAGUACAAGGAUCCCAACGCGAAUCUCGCGAUUACUACAUAAGGGCAGUCCAAAUGGCGUGCAAGGGAAAGGGAAAGCCAAUGGGCGUCCCCGAGCAAGUCAUGGCGAUUAGUAGAAUCGAGCCACAACCUAGACCAACAAAGGAGAACAUGGAUCCUUGCAUCCAGGAGUGCCCUCAUAGCGGGCUAGUUGAGGACCUAUCUGAGGCUCACGUUGAUAUAGUCGGGAUCAGCCUGAACAUAAUAUUUCAUGCACUAAACAUUGACACUACGAUCAAGCUGGUUCACCAAAAGAGAAGAGCAAUGGACCCUGAAUGCUAUGCUGCCUUGAAAAUUGAGGUGGAUAAGCUCAUCUUGAAUGGGUCUAUUCGAGAUGCACUUUACCCGAGCUGGGUUGCCAAUCUAGUCUUGGUAAAGAAGCCCAACGGUAAAUGGCGAACCUACGUCGACUUCACCGACCCCAACAAAGCCUAUCCGAAAGAUAACUUUCCCUUGCCAAGGAUCGACCAGCUCGUUGAUGCCACCUCUAGGCAUGAGCUGCUGAGCUUUAUGGACACCUACUCAAGGUACAAUCAGAUCCCGAUGUAUGCACCAAACGAAGAGCAUACCUCGUUCGUUACAUAUCGAGGACUGUAUUGUUACAAGGUUAUGCCCUUCGGCUUAAAGAAUGCUAGGGCAACUUACCAGUAG